AAAUUAUUAAUAUUUUGUUCGCAUUGCUACAACUAAAUAUAAAUAGAAACGUUCCCAGCUGGCUUUGAUGUAAAGGCUUUAAAGUUAUUUAAAAAAAAAUUCACACAGAUAUAAUACUUGUAAAUUAAAAAAAAAAAAAAAAAAAUAGUUUCAGACAGUUUAGGCAUAAUAAAGUGUCUGCAGUAAGCUCGUGAAAAAUAGAAAACCGCCACAACGAACGCUUCACUUUAUAACGCGCCGCUUCCGUCCGCUGUAUACAGGGUGGGAUUCGAAAUUUCACGUUUACAAAUGCCAUAGCAACCGAGCAGUCACAUCUUUAAUGUACCGCUGCCAUAGACAUUAUUUUUAUACACGAAUGUGGAGUUAGCAAAAGGCUGUGCUGCAAUAGCUGGAUAUUGAACACCUCGGUGCGCGCCUGAAGAAGAGUUGCAAAGCAAUGAUGUCAUAGUUUUAAGUAGGAGCCAUGGGAGAGCAUAUGGUUCGUACCCGCUACCGAGAGGAAGUGUUGCUUUGUUAUGAGCAGGCGGCGCUGUAGCUGGCGGAAGAGGAGGUCGCCCAGCCCAGUGUCUCUUCGCCUGGAAUAGAGAAGCCGAGGAGAAGACGCGAAAACGGUGGGAAGACAAAGCUGCUACAAUGGCCGCGAAAUCCGACGGGGUGCUAAAAAUGAAGAAGAGCGAUGUAGCAUUUACGCCUUUGCAGAAUUCGGAUCACUCGGGUUCGGUUCAAGGGCUCGCUCCGGGUUCGCAGCCGGAUUCUGGAACCGGAGAGGCGGACUUCGUCAACGGCGAGUCGCGGUGCUGUGGCUCAAAUUCGACAUGUCUCCGCCUCGGUAGGGAGACGCAGAAAUACACGGUCUGGGACUGUCUGUGGAUCCUCGCCGCAGUGGCGGUGUAUUUCGCGGAUGUGGGCACUGAUGUUUGGCUUUCUGUCGACUAUUACCUCCGCCGCGACUACUGGUGGUUCGGGCUUACGCUGUUUUUUGUGGUGCUCGGCUCGUUCUCAGUGCAGGUCUUCAGUUUCCGCUGGUUCGUCCAUGAUUUCAGCACCGAGGAGAGCUCCGGCGGCGGCGCGGCGAGCUGCUCCCACAUGGACGGGAAGCUGCUCAGCUGCUCCGCGUCGCACGGAGACGUUGGAGCCCACCCGUCUACGCCUCAAAGACAGGCGUCCACCGCGAGCAAGAGCAACACCACCAGCAACAGCAGCAACAGCGCUACUGCAGCCCGGACUAGUAAGACACGCUCAGCGUCCUGUUCCAUCUGUAUCUGGCUGUUGCAGUCCGUCAUUCACAUCUUACAGCUCGGACAAAUCUGGAGGUACUUCCACGCCAUCUACCUGGGCAUCAGGAGCAGGCAGAGCGGAGAGAAUGACCGUUGGAGGUUCUACUGGAGGAUGGUGUACGAGUAUGCCGACGUCAGCAUGCUCCACCUACUGGCCACGUUCCUGGAGAGCGCCCCUCAGCUGGUGCUCCAGCUCUGUAUCAUCAUACAGACUCACAAGCUCCAGGCUGUACAAGGAAUGACAGCGGCUGCUUCACUGGUGUCACUAGCCUGGGCUCUGGCCUCCUACCAGAAGGCCUUGCGUGAUUCCCGCGACGACAAGAAGCCCAUCAGCUACCUUGCGGUCAUCAUUCAGUUCUGCUGGCACUUCUUUACCAUUGCCGCACGCGUGGUGACCUUCGCUCUCUUCGCUUCUGUGUUUCAGCUCUACUUCGGCAUCUUCAUUGUGCUGCACUGGUGCAUCAUGACCUUCUGGAUCGUACACUGCGAGACCGAAUUCUGCAUCACCAAGUGGGAGGAGAUUGUCUUUGACAUGGUGGUGGGCAUCAUCUACAUCUUCAGCUGGUUUAAUGUGAAAGAGGGACGCACCCGCUGCCGCCUCUUCAUCUACUACUUCAUGAUCCUGUUGGAAAACACGGCCCUGAGCGCGCUUUGGUACCUGUAUCGCUCACCACUCAGCACGGACGCCUUCGCUGUCCCUGCCCUGUGCGUCAUCUUCUCCAGCUUCUUCACCGGCAUCGUCUUCAUGCUCAUGUACUACGCUUUCUUUCAUCCCAACGGGCCGCGCUUUGGACGCUCGGCAAGCCUGGUCCAGCUCGAGGACCCCACUUCUACCUUUACGCUGCCCCCUGAAGGUGCCACCAACUCCCUGCGCUCCAACCGCGGAGGCACUCUGGCCAGGGACGCUGACCGCGAGGCCAAGUACAGCGAGCGGGACGGCUGCGUGCCUGUCUUUCAGGUGCGGCCCACCGCGCCCUCCACACCUUCCUCUCGAGCCCCACGCCUUGAGGAGACGGUCAUUAAAAUAGACUUGUGCAGGAAUCGCUAUCCUGCCUGGGAGAGGCAUGUGCUGGACAGGAGUAUACGUAAAGCCAUCCUGGCCAUCGACUCGUCUCCGACCCCGCCGCGCCUCCAGUAUAAAGACGACACAUUGGUUCAAGAGCGUCUGGAGUACGAGACCACCUUGUAGCCUGGGAUGUGGAAACCCACAAACAUGAACACAUUACCGUCCGCUUGAAUAAACAGCAGGACUGUGGCAAUAACGUUCCUAGCGUACAUAGCAUCUAGCCAUGAUGUUGAUUGUCAUGGACAAACAAAUAUAGGCACAACAUAUUUGUGGACAGAUGAAAUAAUCGAUCUUUUUUAAGCCGUUCUCUCGUUGCAUUUUAUUUUUUAUUACUUCUGUCUUGUCAGGGAAUAUCUGGGUUUCUAAAAUUCAUUGCACUGGCUGAUACAGACCACUAACCCCUCGCUCCAUUCCCAGAGUUGACUGUCCUUGGGCUAACGUCUAUAAACUGCAAGAGGACGUCCAGAACACUUCACAGUUUGUCUCUUGCUGUAACUGCAAAACAAAGGCCUUUCCCUUUGAAACCAAGCAUCCAGUGCACAGAAACGGCAUUAAAACCGACCGACUGCUAACGCACUGGAGAAACAGUUGUCCAAAUAUCAAAUUGAUGGUACACGCAUUAAAAAAAUUGCUGAUUAGACUCGAGACGUCCUUGUUUAGGGUGCUGUAACCUAUUAGUAGUGUUUCAUCAGCAGCUCUGUACCAGUGCCAAACGCUCCGCUCACACUGACUCCACGCUGAACUGUGGCUUGACCACAAACUGUAUAUAUAUAUAAAAACAGGGCAGCAUUUCAACCAUCUACUUGAAUCCUGUACAAAGAAAAAAGACGAGAAAAGAAAGUAUGCGAUCAUCACAAGUGUCCAAGCCACUUGGGAUGACAAAACAGGGAGAACACACGUUCGUUUUCUUCUUUGGGAGAAGACAAUAGGCCAAGAAAACAAUUCCUGGCAGCUCCCUUUGGAGAUCUGGCCUCAUUCACCUCACCGCUGUGGGCUGACCAAGGAUCCGUUUGGUUAACAGCAAAGUGGAGGGCACAGACCACCAAAUUCACACAGUGUCCGCCAAACUGUACUCGACAGAACAAGGAUGCGCUUCAUCUUCUAGGUUAAAGAUACAGUGUUCUUCUAGGCUGGGUCAGGUUUUGGUGUGUCUGUGUUUUGUGUGCUAUAUCAAUACAGAAGAGUGAGUUAAAGGUGCACGUACACACAAUAAACGGGGCCAGUUUUCAGCACCUCAACGCAUCUGGAAAGCCACCGAAGUGUACUAUUCCAAACUCUGCAGUGCAAUCAAGACUUUCUCCAUGAGGCUCUACAAUUGCCAACUCACGGUCUACAAAACAAAGUGUUAGGGAUAACUGGUCUGUGACAGAGCGCAUGCUAGCUAAUGUGCUCUGAAUGACACUCUACUGUUCAACAAAUCACAUCUGCCUAAAAGAGCACUGUAUCUUUAAAUCUGCCAAAAGCAUCCUUUAUAUAUGAAAGUGUUGGAGUUUUAAACUUUCCGUUCAGUUGCAAGUGCUUCUUUGUGUCUUUAUGUCGAAUAUCUGAAGGCAUUUAUGGGACGUGGAGGUGAGGGUGGAAAAAGAAAAAAAAGAAAUACAAAACAAGCACAAAACUUGUCACAGGAAGGAGUCUCAGCACAAUAAAGGAUUUACUCGGUUGUUGUUACACUCACGUUGAGAGACGAGAUGAAAUUUUACUGAGAAAGAAGCUAGAUGUGCCUGUGGUGGAUAGUUUGCGAUUUUGAAAAUGUGGGGAAAAAUGUUGUUUUAUGUGUAACAUUUUAUAUACUCCAUUUUCUUCUGGUUUUCUUUUGUUUUUUGAUGGAUUUUAAAGGUGUCUUACAAAAUAUUUGAUUUUAAGGUGCACAUUUUUUUUUUUUUUUUUUGCGUAAUGCCAUUUAACUGUGUGGAGAUGACUGAUAUAGGACAUUUAGAUUAGUUUUGCUUCAGUUGGUCAAAUCUGAACUGUAAUUUGGAUUUUAUUGUAGCUUUGAAACACUCCUGAAGUGCUGUAAUGUCCUAUUAUCGGUGGCAAAUGAACUGAAAGCAUAGUUGUUUUAGCCCACAGCGAUCCGCACACUUGCAGAUGAAGAUCCUAAUUGUGUUGCAAAUAAAAAAAGAAAAUAGAACAGAAAAAAAUGAUUUAGAUGAGAUCGUAUGAAUCUAUAACCAGUACCACAGUGAAACGUAGACCUGUAUAUUUUAGCUAUUUUGCAACUUUCCUAUCCCGUCUCCCCCAUACUUUCAUUUCUCUAUGUGAUGGAUGAGGAUGAUACUUUGUCUCUAGCAAAAUUUUCCAAAAUAGCCCUGUCCCCUGUAGUCAGAGCACAAAAAAAACUUGUGUUAGCACACUAAUUUGGCAAUUUUCACAUUUAAAUUGCUGCACCACCUACACAAGACCAUUUUUGAAGGAAAACGAGUGUUAUAUCGCACAAAUCUGUGUUAUUACGCAUUGAUGCUUUUUCGAAAUCAUCACACUUUUUUUAGUUUUCCCAUAUUACCGUCAUAUUUUUGUUUCAGUGAUACCCCAAGCAUGCUGCAUACUGCGUUUUGGUUCAUUUGAUUAAGAGGAGCUUACUAAUGGCAAAACUGGCUGUGUUUUUGUGGUUUUGGUGACAUUAUCCAGCCCUUUAACAGGUGCGAGGCCUCAAUAAUUUUUAACGUUUAAAUCACUCGUUCAGCACAUGCGGAAUGAAUUAAGGUCUUUACCCAAAACCCUGUGUGGGACUGAUGUUUGCUGAAUUCACCACACAGAUUAUUAAUAGCAAUGAUUAAAGUUCUGAUGAAACGGAAGUAGCUGCAGAUUUUUCUUCCGUAUUGUGACAUACAUCCGAGUGAAACGGAUUAACGAAAAAGAAAAAAAUGUAGGACAGGACUUGGUUGUUGACUGGAUUGAACUCAAAAAUGGAAGCAGAUGAACACAAGCUUGCAGAGACGGGUUUAAGCAGACUAAAUGAGUGGAAAAUUCAAGUAUAAGUCACCCUAGAGAAGUCUGUUAUGACAUUUUGAUUAAAACUUAUGGUAAAAUAAAACAGAAAGAAAGAAACAUAAUGAAUCCCAGCAAGCAAUUUUGCGCAUAAAAGAAUAAUAACAGUCCAAUAGCAGUCCAAACACAACCCUUUCUAGGCUAAAACAAGCCAAAAUGUGGGCUUUCAGUGAAAAUUUAAUAGACCAAAUGAAAACUUUGCUUACAUGCUGGAAUAAAUUCAAGGUUAUUUUGGCUAGAAGUGGGUUACUCAUAGCCAGACUAUAUCGGGUCUAUAGACGGUGAAAUGACGGUUAUCGCUUGCUGGGAUUGCUUACAAUAAGAUCUAUAACAUGGAUUUAGAAAAUGUCAUGCCUUCCGUAAUAAUUGUCUGUCAGGGAGUGAAAUUUGGCCCAACAUCAAGAAGCUAUUCACGCUGUUUACAUUUUAAAAGGUACUUAGACCUAUGUCCUAGUUUAAAGAUGGCGGCGAUAGAUGCCCAACGGUGCGUGAAAACAUUCUAAAGCUAAUCAUGAUGUUACAAAAACUAGGCCUAUGUAUUUUUGUUUUGCACUUCCAGCUUUAUUUUUAUAUUUAUGUUUUAUCAGUAAACCUGAUAUCAUAACCCACCAUUUCUUCGCUCUGGAAAGAUUUCACUUCAUACCUGUAACCUACCUCAAAGCGGUAUUUUAAACAGACCACUCUCCAGCUCUAGUUGUUGGUGUAGUACGAAGGAAUUUAUUGCAAUGGAGUCCCAGUGGAUGAGCAGAGGAGUUGAAGGCUGUUCUGUUUAUUACCGGUACAUCAGUAGAGCUGAGCUCAAAUACAGGAAUUAUUUUACAACUAAGUUACUCACAGCAGGAGAACAUUCAAUUCAUGCAAGCUGAUUCAGUUUUAUUUGCCUUAACCGACUCUCGCCUUUUGUGGAUUCAUUAUUCGUAACUGACAUUUUCUGUUUGUUUCUUUUGGUUUAGUUUUAGUCAUGCAUAUGAUAGUAUGAUGACGUUGCGUUGUCGAUAAGAGUACUUACUGUGCUUAUACUGCAAGCAGACAAAAAAACCGGACUGAAACGAAAUAGGAUAUGCAGACAAACAAUCAAAAUGACGACCCAAAUUGUCACGGGUCACAGGCCGUACUGUUACACGAUUGUGAGCAUUUUUAAUUGUAAUAUCAGUGAGGGAAAACUGAAUGAGUCGAAGAGCUGAAAUUAACAGUGGGACUUGCUUUUUUGAUUCAUCUGAGAAGCUUUAUUUUGUUGAAUAAACAAAUUGAUGAUCCUCCCUCACCUGUAGACAUAUAGAUGCUUAGAUAAACUAGAAUGCCAUAGAUGGAGGAAAAAAAUAAAUUUAGAUAAAUGAUAAUCGGUGGUUAUUUAUAAAGCACGAUAUUAGUACAAGCACAGUAAUUGAAUGAACUCGGUGACGUUCAGUUCAGCGUUCAUAUACAAUGUACAGACUUUACUGGUAUUUCAGUUGCAACGGAAGUUCCAUAGUGACUUGCAAAAGGCUAUUUAACUGUAAAUAAAUGUAUGCAAAUGUACAUGUGUAAAAGAACAUUCCUUUCUGAGUCCUGAUCGUGAAGGGUGUCUAUUGACUAGAGAUCGGCAGUAACAUAUGACAUAAUACAGAUAAAACUAGUGUGGUGUAUGUGAUGUAUUAAAUGACAUAAAAAAAGAGCAAAAAAACAAACAAAAAAACUGCUUAUUAUUGGUCUCUUAAGUUGUAUCGUGUGAUGAAAGUCUGAAGUGCGUAAAAUGCAUCAAAUCUGUUAUCUGAUUUUAUUGUAAAUUGAAGAGUAAAAACAAAAAGAACGUUACAUUUUUGUACAUAUUGGAUUUUUGUAAAUUUUUAUUUGAUUCUAAUGCAACACAAAGUACCAAAUUCAUUUAAUAAAGUACACUGUGGUCAUUUUA